AUAAUAUAUUGUUUUUGCAGUUAAAAAAAAAAGAACUUAUAUGUUCUUUGAUCUAUAAAUUUUGCUUCCGAAUAAACAAAGUCUUAAAGUAAAACCACCACACACAUGGCUUCUUCAACAAAUCAAAAUUUCAUUUUCAUGUUAAUUUUAUUCCUCGUUGUCCAUAAAGCGUCGUCAUCAUUUGGAAAUUAUUCCUCCACCGAAGGAUUCUUUCCCUUCGCAUCUAAACAUGUUAUCAUCAUCAACAAAUUGGUCACACUUGCAACGUUGAUUGUGCAUUGUAGGAACAAAGGGGACGAUUUAGGGGUAAUAAGCCUCCAACAUUUAGCUCGUUUUGAUUUCAGGUUUCGUGUCAAUCUCCGUAAAACAACAACGUACACUUGCAGUUUCGAGUGGCCCGGCAAUACAGCUACGUUUGAUAUUUUUAGAGCGGAUAGAGACGAUAAUCCAAGAGGUAAAUAUGGAGUUUGCAGCGAAUGUAUUUGGAGUAUUUAUGAGCCAGCUCCUUGUCGUGAUAGACGUGAUGGAGGCCAGCCUCAGUGUUUUCCUUGGGCUUCUUAGUCAUUUAAAAAUAUCUUGUAUUUUCCCCUUCAUUUACUUUAGUAAUAAUAAAAUAAAAUAAGUUGGUGUAUGAAUUUGUGGUUACAUAUAUGUUAGUUUCUCAUGUGAUAAUA